CAUCCAUGAACAGCAGUGUGCCCAAGUUUCAACACAACAAUAUGCAGUGCGCCAAUAUACGUGGAACUUAAACAAAACAAUUUAAUUUAAGUCCAAAUAUAUUAAACUUAAGAUGCCGAAUACGAUUUGCCGAAUAUGUUCAAAACGGGGGGCCACAAAAAACAUAUUCCACCCGAAAAACAGGCAUCUGCAAAAACAAAUUCAUUCCAUUACUGGAGUCCAGUUGAGCUAUAGAAAAGAGCUGCCGAGCCACAUGUGCCAGGUAUGCGUGAGUGAUUUGGAGGGCGCCAUCAAAUUCCGCCAACGCUGCAUUAUUUCCGAGAAGCAGAACUUGUCCCGACUAAGCGCCUCAGGUUCUGUGAAGGACUACCCCGAUGAUGCCGUCCCGCCCACAGAGAUAGAUGAAUUCUUAAAUGAAAUGGUUUUCACAGAAUCAGAUGAGUCCCAAAAUGAAUGUGAUACAGCUUUGAAAACGGACGCCGACGCGGAAUCUUGCAUUUCAGAGGAAGCCAAGGAGUUUGCUUCCUUUAUAGUUCCAAAACCAGUUUCUAAGGCUGGCCCUUAUGUAUGUGAUGACUGCGGAAGGUCCAUUAAUCACUGGACUAACUUUCAAGAGCAUAAGCUCCGGCACACGGGCAUCAAGGAUUUCAAGUGCCAGUAUAGCGAAUGUGGCAAGUGCUUUGCCACCCGAAAGGAGCUUACCCGCCAUAUCCGUCGUCACACUGGUGAGAAGCCCUACCCCUGCAGUUACUGUCCACGCCGAUUCUCUGAUGUGGGCUCCCGACAACAGCACCAUCGACGCCAUCGGAACGAGCGUUUCUUUCAGUGCGAUGUGUGCGAAAAAAGCUUCGUUAGUUCUGGUUGUCUCAGUAAGCACAAAAUGAUACAUACAUCACAGAAGAAUAGGCAGCACUAUUGUAAAAUCUGCGACAAAAUGUUUUUGCGAAUAUCGCACCUAAAACAACAUUUUACAACAAGCGUUCAUCUAGAGAGGGCACAACUGGCAGAUACGGAUUCCAUAUGGGAUUAAAAAUCAGUAUUCUAGUAUUUAGAAUAUGUUCUUUAGAUAAGACUAAAGCUAAUAUAAUAUAUAAUGAAGCAUUUUUUAUAUA